CCCCCCUUUCUCCUCUCUUACGUCCUAGAAACAGUUCAGCCUCCUUGUCUCCAUUUUACCAGAUCCAGGGUCCGAGAUUGUGCAGUAGAGAUGCCUACUCCAGCCUCCGACGAUUGCAAUCCAACCCCUUCCCUCCCCAGGCCUAGUGUAACAGCUAAAUUAUCUAGAUUAUCAGAAGCUAUAGGGAUUCCGAUUCAAUUGAAACCGGGAAAAAGGUGUUCCUACAUCAUCAGAUCAACUUCAGGCAUCUUUCGAGGAAGCAUUCAGUGCUUACAUCAUCGAAGCUUGUAAAGGUGGUAAUUACAUCAUUGAAGCUCGUAAAGGUGGUAAAGCUCGUAAAGGUGGUAAAGCUCGUGUAUGUAAAUCUCUUCGUGAUUGUGGAGCUAAACUUAUUAUGAUAGUUUUAGAUUUCAGAACUUCGAAAGUUGUUAAUCCUGAUAUUUAUCCCGAUGUAGUAAAGCUUCCGGCUAUCAAAUCGAUGCUUGAUUUAUUAAAAGGUAGUUAUUAUUGUCGGAGCGUUUUAGCUGGUUUUAUUCUUUCAGCAUUCACAAAGCUAACUGAUCCGGAUAUUUUAGGACGUGGUCAGGAAGAAGAAGCUACCUUAUUUGUUGAAUCUCUAGAUAAGUUUGGAGCCCUGGACUAUUUGUUUCUGCUCUUGGUAAGUUUCCUGAUGCUGUUAUCCCAGCAGUUCAAACUAUUACGCAGAUGAUUUAUCUUAAACCAGAAUUAGCAGGAACGGCGGGACAGAAACACGAACUGAUGGAUUGGGUGCUUACAGCACUCAGGUCUUCCACAUGGAAUGAUCUAAAAAUGUAUGCUGGGGUUUUUUUAAAUACCCUUUUGAUGCCUAGUGUGGAAAAUAGAUUUCUAUUUGGGGAAGAGGUUGUAAUUGUUGUAGUAAAUGCUCUUUCAUCAAUUCAAGAAGAAGAAUUCCCGCACGAAGAACACCUGCUGCAGAAUCUGUUUAGUUGUUUACUUUAUCUAUUAGAAAGUCCGGCCAAUAUGGAGAGUUUUGCCAAGGCUGGAGGGGUUCAGUCAAUGAUUGGAUUUAUUCAGGAAGAGGACUUUGGUCAUUGUUAUGGGUCUGCAAUUGUGGCACUUGAUAUUGCAGUGAAAGCUUGUCAAUCUGCUUCUCAGGAAUUUGUGAAUGAAUUUGUGACUGAUGAUUCAGCAUUUGAUACUGUAUUCCCUCCUUCAAUGGAUAUGAUUCCGCUAAGUAUCAUGCACGAGGAAGAAGAAAUAGAAGAGCAUCAAAUCUCUCUAAUCGCAUCAUUAAUUGGUGGCAUUGCCAAGACGGAAAAAGAUAGCUUGUUAAAAAAGUUUGAGGAGAAUGAUUUCAGAAGAUUCACAUGGCUUAUGGAGCUCUAUAAACGAUAUUCGGAAAAAGUUGAAGCAAUGACGAAUCAUCUCAAAGGCAAACAGUUGGUUGAUGUUAUUCUUGGUUAUCUGUGGUCGUCCGAGAAUUCUACAAUACAAAGUAGAAUUGAAAGUCAAUUAACUCAUCACAAGUUAGAGAUGAAACAUGUGGAGGAUUCUCUCGGUUUGUCGAGACAACAUUGGCAAUGUGCACGAAUCAGUAGAAAGUCCAAAGACAGCGAUGGAGGAAUGCAUUGAUUCCCUCGAGGUUAGAUGUGUUAUUAGAAGCUAAGUAUGAAACGUACUUACCGGAGCUUUUUUAUCUUG